CCUAAUGGUAAUAAUUAUAGAGUGAAUAUUAUCAAUAGUGACAUUGAUAAUUUGGUAAAAGUAAUAAAUAUGGAAUAGUUGAAAUGAUGGUGUCAGGGAUAAAGAGACUUAUCUCUUUUUUCUACUACGCCGCCUAUAAUUGAGAUCCACUAUAUAGAUGUAAAGGUUGAUACUUGCUUCACGGGUUAGAGUGCCCAAUUCUGUGUGGGGUCCAGCAAACACAUCAAUGGACCCUAUCAUAAAAGAUACUCCGUAUUCCCACAAGAUAUUUCUACUGUAGAAAAAAUAGGCUCCUUUCUUUUUUAUAGAGCCGGCAGAUUUGACAGAAGCAGUAGUCUUGCCCAUCAAAAGUCACGCGCAUCGAGGGGCCUGCGCGCUUUUCGGAUUGACAACUGAUAGGCCUGCACACCGAGAACCAUUGCUGGAGGGAUGGAGGUGGGUCGCUGCCGGCCAGGACUGGUUACGUAGCCGGGCUGCUGGAUUCGGACUUGCUCGUCGUCGGCUGCACCGUCUGCUGCUGCGGCCGUUGGGAACUGGUCGCUUCCGCACUCGCCGGGGUGAGAGGGUCGUCGGAACUUUACUGACCGUGGUCGCUACUCUCGCUCGUGGUACAAUUCGACUCGGAACCCAGAGCCGUUGAUUCCUCGCCGGUGGAAAGAGCUCCGUUUGGUCUGGUUGCAAUUUGACCAGUGGCUCCGAUUGGGAUGUUUUGACGGCAUCUUGGCUCCGAUUAGAUCUGCAAUCUCCUUUGUCUAUCGGAACUCUUGCGGUUGCACCGUUCGCCGGGAUAGGAAAUUCGAGUGUCACCUGAAGCUCAUCGCAGAGGACACGAACGGACUAGGGCUUCGCCGCCGGUGCUCAGGGGCUUAGGACGGAGCAGUGCGCCGGCGUCCAUGGAGACAACCUUACCCGCAGUGAUGUUCGGUGAAGCGUUGGUCUAGAACUCCGGAGCUGAGAGCGGCGCUGCACUCCGGCGUCAAUGACCUCGUCCGGCGAAGUGGCGAAAGAGUGACCUCGCCAAGAUCCAGUUUCCAGUUUCUUCUUCAUGGAUUUUUUAAAAGGAAAUCCUUAAAAAAUUCCAGAUCCAGAGAGUGGUUCAGUGGAUGAGAAGUGAUGAACCGCAAAAUCCUCCGAAAGUACUUCGUCUACUUGCUGCCGUACACUGGGGAAGCCGAGGUGGGAACUGUACAGAGAGUAGCAGACUGGCAAGCGGAGGAGGAGUCCCUCCACCACGGCGGUCACCGGUAACCAGAAACUGACUCGUGGCAGCGUGCGGUGAUGACGCGGAGUCCAUUCUCAUUUUCUCGCACAAUACGCCCGUCUUCUGGGUUUCAGUGAUUCACCCAAUUUCGUAUCUCAAUCGCCCCUUUCGAUCUGCAGUUGUUAGUUAAUAAUUCUUUUAGAGCAUAGAGACUUUUAUCAUCUCUGCAAAUAAACACCAACACAAUAUGAAUGAAGACAAUAGAGAGGCAUACUCGAGUUUGAACGAAGGAGUUUUUCCGAUGCUAGAGAACUCUGUGAAGGUCUCUAUAGUUCCCCUUGUUUUCCUCAUAUUCUACGAGGUCUCGGGAGGUCCUUUUGGCAUUGAAGACAGCGUUCAGGCAGCCGGUCCACUUCUGGCACUCCUUGGCUUUUUGAUCUUUCCACUUAUAUGGAGCAUCCCAGAAGCCUUAAUAACAGCUGAGAUGGGAACCAUGUUCCCCGAGAACGGAGGAUAUGUUGUCUGGGUAACCUCAGCUUUGGGUCCUUAUUGGGGGUUCCAACAAGGUUGGAUGAAAUGGCUAAGUGGUGUCAUCGACAAUGCUCUUUAUCCGGUCCUGUUUUUGGAUUAUCUCAAGUCGGCCCUACCAGCUUUGGCGGAUGGUUUCCCUCGCGCAAUCGCGGCCUUUGCUUUGACUAUAGUUCUCACUUACUUGAGUUACAGGGGUUUAGCUGUUGUGGGAUGGGUGGCAGUGCUGUUAGGAGUGUUAUCCCUCCUUCCUUUCUUGUUUAUGGGACUAGUGUCACUUCCCAGAAUCGACCCUUCUAGAUGGCUUGAGUUUGAGGGCAUGGGCAGUGUGAAUUGGGGUUUAUAUUUGAAUACCCUUUUCUGGAAUUUGAACUAUUGGGACUCAAUCAGCACUCUUUCUGGCGAGGUGGAGAACCCCGCCACGACACUCCCAAAGGCUCUCUUCUAUGCUCUUCUCCUGGUCGUGUCGGGCUACUUUUUACCCCUUCUCAUAGGCACUGGAGCCUUGCCGGUUGAUCGCGGCGUUUGGAGUGAUGGGUAUUUUUCGGAUAUUGCCAAUAUAGUCGGAGGCGUUUGGCUGAGGCUGUGGGUCCAAGGGGCAUCAGCAGUGUCAAACAUGGGCAUGUUCUUGGCCGAGAUGAGCAGCGACUCCUUCCAGCUUCUAGGGAUGGCAGAGCUCGGGAUGCUUCCUGAAGUGUUUGCCAAGAGGUCCCGCCACGGGACACCCGUCGUGGGGAUUCUGUUCUCUGCGUCGGGAGUUCUUCUGUUGUCAUGGCUAAGCUUCCAAGAAAUAGUCGCGGCAGAGAACUUCCUAUACUGUUGUGGGAUGAUAAUGGAGUUUGUGGCCUUUGUGAAGCUACGGAUGAAGUACCCGGCAGCUUCUAGGCCUUACAAGAUACCAUUGGGGACAAAAGGGUCAAUCUUGAUGUGUAUACCUCCAACAGUGUGUAUCCUUGUGGUGCUAGGACUAGCGUCCUACAAAGUCUUGGCCAUCAGCCUCUUGGCUUUGCUCAUGGGAAUGGUUUUGCAGCCAUGUCUGGUGUACAGUGAGAGGAAAAGAUGGAUCAGAUUUUCCGUUCAACGAACAAAAUGAGUGAGGCUCUCUACACGGUUGGCGUAUUCGCGCUUGUGAAAAAGUUCUUGUCCUUUUACUAGCAUUUGUUUUUUCUUACAAAGGGUUUCAGGAACCUUAAAAAACAUGCCUUGAGAGGCUGCCUCUUGUGUCUUGUGUAUGAUGCAGUUUUCAUUUUUCUAUGUGAAAUGAUGUUUCUUCCCUUUUAGGAUUUGCAUUGUGAAGUUUUACUCAAACAGUUCACUUUUUUUGAAGGGUAUCAAUGUAACUUUACUUAAUUA